CGCGCCCGGGGGGCGGCGGGGGCCAUGGCUGCCGGGCGGUUCGUGGCGCUGCUGUGGGCGCUGCUGCUGGGCGGCCGUUGCGCGCGGGGCCUCUACUUCCACAUCGGGGAGACGGAGAAGCGCUGCUUCAUCGAGGAGAUCCCGGACGAGACGAUGGUCAUCGGCAACUACCGGACGCAGCUGUGGGACAAGCAGGCCGAGGCCUUCCUGCCCUCCACGCCGGGGCUGGGCAUGUUCGUGGAGGUCCGGGACCCGGACGCCAAGGUCAUCCUCUCGCGGCAAUACGGCUCGGAGGGCCGCUUCACCUUCACCUCGCACACGCCCGGGGAGCACCAGAUCUGCCUGCACUCCAACUCCACCCGCCUGGCGCUCUUCGCGGGGGGAAAGCUGCGGGUGCACCUGGACAUCCAGGUAGGGGAGCACGCCAAUAACUACCCGGAGAUCGCCGCCAAGGACAAGCUGACAGAGCUGCAGCUGCGAGCCAGGCAGCUGCUGGAUCAGGUGGAGCAGAUCCAGAAGGAGCAGAACUACCAAAGGUUCCGAGAGGAGAGGUUCCGCAUGACCAGUGAGAGCACCAACCAGCGGGUGCUGUGGUGGUCCAUCGCGCAGACGGUCAUCCUCCUCCUUACAGGCAUUUGGCAAAUGAGGCACCUCAAGAGUUUCUUUGAAGCCAAAAAACUGGUUUAAUGUCUUCAGCCUCACCUAGGUCAUCAUUCACCAAUGCUCCAUUGUUGCUUUCCACUGAGUAAAUCUUGAUUUUUUUUUAAAGUACUAAACUGAGAAAGAAGCACAGCAGACAAUGUCCCUGCCCCAAUUAAAUACAUCUACGAAAACAUCUCAAACCUUACCAUAUUUUUGUGCUUUGAAGCAUGUGAAACUACCGGUAAGGAUAGCUUGCCUCGGUUAUCAAGCUUUCCUGGAACGUUCUAAGAAGCUGCUUUAUAAAAGACUGAGAGAGGGUUCCCUCCGUUACUUUUGUAAUAGCUGCAGUUUGCCUAAAAGAUUGUCUUCUAAAGUCCCCUGUAACUCUAAAACUAUUUGACAGAAUACAAUUGGAGGGAAAAACAGAUUGACAUCAGAACUGUGUAGCACUCCUGCCUUGUUCAAAUAUCAUUGAUCUAAAUAUUGUUUAGCAUUUCAGUGGUGAUCAAGCGGCCAAGGGAUUGAAGGAUUUCUUGCAGCAUUUUCUCCUUUUUUGUAGUUCUCGGUUCUCUAAGCACAGGAUUGGUCUUGGCUGGAGAGUCAAUGGAAACGAGGGAGCAGUAGAAGUUUCCUCCAAGUUUGUUGUAAAGGUCGAAUAAAGAAGCCCCUUAAAUUUGUAAAUAGUGUGACUUAGAGCUACUCUCAGAUGGAGAUAUUCCUUGAAGAGCAUAGUGGUGUUAUCUCUUCUUUCUGUAAUUUGGAAAUAGAAUCUGUAAAUAAUCCAGCUACUGAACAACCCAGUGCUGCAGUUUGGUAGCAGAAUUGGACCUCUAAAGUAGUGGGACUGAAAAUAGGCAUUUUUUUCCUUCACUGCUUGCCUGGGCAAGUUUGUCAUGAGAUCUGUUUGUUACACAUUUGGAUUGAAAUAAAGUUUUUUUUGAA